UUGUUAUCUCCAGAUGCACUGACAACCAUCAAAAGGGGCAAACAAGAAUGUCUUCGUGCAGUUUCGGCCUUUUAAAUCUCCACCAUAAAACGAGUUCCAGAAUUGGCAAAGAACGGCCCUUUCUAGUUGACCGGUUCAUAACAGAUUUUCCCCGUUUCUCUCUCUCUCUCUCUCGCUUGCUGUCAAUCCGGACAAGCAUUCCUGCAUUGCUCCAACAAGAUUGCCCGACAAGUCAUGAAGCAACAAGAAACCAGGGGACGAGUUCCACACGAAAACUACGACGGCUGAACCUGUCCUGAGGCGUCGUAUCUCCGGCUGAACAAUGGUCGCCGCACGCCUUAUCGGGCCGUCCCUGGUCGUCUUGUCCAUCGUCCUGAUCCUGUCUCCGAGGACAUACUCGAUAUCGCAAUCCGACGCAUUGCUCAAGCUCAAGAGAUCGUUUGCGAAUUCUCAGGCCCUGGAAUCUUGGGUGCCUAGUUCGGAUCCUUGCAGCAAUGAGGCCUCCUGGGUCGGAGUCGUUUGCUACAACGGGAUUGUCACGGGCCUGCGGCUCGGAAAGAUGAGUCUAUCAGGGAAGAUAGAUGUCGAUGCAUUGACGGAAAUCGCAGGCCUGAGAUCUCUUAGCUUUGUGAACAACUCCUUUUCCGGUCCGAUUCCAGAGUUCAACCGUCUCGGCGCCCUCAAGGCCAUUUAUCUUUCAGGAAAUCAGUUCUCGGGUGAGAUCCCAGCAGGUUAUUUCUCCGACAUGGGGUCUCUGAAGAAAUUGUGGCUUUCUCACAAUAAGUUCACCGGGACAAUCCCAUCGUCGGCGGCCCACUUAACCCAUCUCAUGGAAUUACACCUCGAAAACAAUGAAUUCAGUGGCGCUGUUCCCUCCAUUGAUGUACCGACGUUGGUGUCGCUCGAUUUGUCGAACAAUCAGUUGGAAGGGAAAAUUCCUCCAAGCCUAUCGAAGUUUAACGCGAGUUCGUUCGAGGGAAAUUCCGGCCUCUGCGGGGAAAAGUUGGGUAAAGAGUGUCCAAAGGCAGUAGAGCAGCCGCCCCCCGUACCAAAUACAACUAGCGCUGGAGGACCGAGCACUGAUCGUGGUUCAGUUGAUGAUCAGCACGAUGGUUCAGCAGGCAGCCGGAAAAAAAUCAUCGUCGUUCUAAUUGCGCUGGGAGUGGUGCUUCUGACUAUUUUCAUUUUCCUGAUAAUCAGAAUGAGGAGACGAUCAAAGGUCCAACAGGACUUCAAUGUGCUCGGGAAGGAAAAUGCAAGUGACCCGAUUCAGAAAGACGUUCUUGAAACUGAGAAAAAGGAAGUGCAAUUAAGUCGCAAAGGAAUGGGCUCGAGCCGUAAGAGUCCUGCCCCUAAUGUUGCCAAAGGUUCGGCUACCUGCGACCUGGUUUUGUUAAGCGAUGAGAAGGGCGUCUUUGGGAUGGCGGAUUUGAUGAAAGCGGCGGCCGAAGUGUUGGGGAACGGAGGAUUCGGAUCGUCGUACAAAGCCGUGAUGGGUAAUGGGGUCACGGUCGUGGUGAAGAGAAUAAGAGAGACGGCGGACGGGAAGAGUAAGGAUGAGUUUGAUGCAGAGAUGUGGAAGCUAGGAAGGCUAAAGCACCCUAACAUUUUGACCCCUUUGGCUUACCAUUACAGGAAGGACGAGAAGUUACUGGUUUGUGAAUAUGUUCCCAAAGGAAGUCUGCUUUAUUUAUUACACGGUGAUCGUGGACCUUCUCACGGAGAUCUGAAUUGGCCAGUGCGCCUAAAGAUCAUCAAAGGAAUAGCAAAAGGGAUGGGCUUUCUGCAUGACGAACUUCGUUCUUCCGGCUUGCCCCAUGGUAACCUUAAAUCAAGCAACAUUCUUCUUAAUUCGGAAUAUGAGCCGCUCCUGGCAGACUACGGGUUCAGCUCAUUACUUGGCACGUCCCAUGUCCCGCAAGAACUAUUCGCGUGCAAGGCGCCUGAAGCCGCACAGUUUGGCGGAAUAUCGCCGAAAUGUGACGUGUACUGUCUCGGGGUGGUAAUCCUUGAGAUCCUCACAGGAAAAUUCCCUUCACAAUACCUCAGUAAUGGGAAAGGCGGAACCGAUAUCAUCGAAUGGGUGAGAUCGGCGAUUUCUGAUGGGAGAGAAGCCAAACUGUUCGAUCCCGAGAUUGCAAACUCAAUAAGUUCGUUCCCUGAGAUGGAAAAGCUUCUCCAUAUUGGCGCGGCUUGCACAGAAACUAAUCCCGAGCAGAGAUUAGACAUGAGAGAGGCCCUCAGGAGAAUUGACGAGAUACAGAUGGAGGAAGGUGCAGAGACCAGGACAAUAGAUGUUUCGCCGCAGUUCAGUGCAUUGAGUUUACAAGAAGGCUACAGCGCAAACUCGGGAUAGAGAAUCGGAUCAUAUAGUUUCGAAGACCGGUCAGGGCGUCGAGAUGGCGACAGGUUUACAUUCGGCGUGUCAUGAUUAGAGUCCUUAGACAUUAAGUGGUAAUGCAUGGCAAAUUCGAAAAGAAGGAUGGUACUGACAUCUAGAGUUUUAUCUGGUCCACCAAUGUGUGUAUAUUUUGUGCAACAGCGAAGGUGCGAGCAAGUGAAGGAGAUGAGAAGAAAGAAAUUUAAAGGCACAUAUCAAGCCAAUGUAGUUAGAGCAAUUAAAUGGCGACUUAUGCACUUGCCCAAACUGUAAGUAUUCUGUACAUGCUCUUCUCUUCAGCCUGCUUUCCGAUUAUUUACCGUCACUUCGAACAGCAUAA